AAUCCAAUCGACGCGCCAUCUGUGUUGUUUAUUCCCCCAGUGUUUUUUUCAUGCUGGGGUUUGUGCUGUAAGCGAAAAUUUUCUUCUAAAACCCCACACAAAAUUGUGGAGUGCUCCAAAUUACACAUCAUUCCUCGCCGUGGGACAAGUGGCAAUCGCUGUGCUAAACACGCCGAUAUCUUGCAAUGGGAGACGAAUUCGACGGUUGCGAGUGCAUCUGGAGCCAUGAGCUGGCGAUGAGGCGUCUCCUGACGCUGCUCAGGCAGAACCAGAACUACUGCACAGACACGGAGUGCGUGGACUUGCCGGCAUCGAAUCCGGACGGAAUGGGAACGGGAUUCACCACGAUGACCAUGUUCAUCGUCUUCGCUGUGAUACUCUACAUGAUGCGACCGCGAAGCCUGCGCCGGAACGCCCACGUGGCGGAGAAGCCGCUGGCCAAUCGCCCCGGCGGCAGUGAUGACGGCGGCCCGCCGCCGCCCACAGUCGGCUGAGAAGCGCGCCGCGCGCGUGUUUCUGCUGCACAAAUCUUGCGUACUUUCGGUCUCUGUCCUCUUUAUUUUCUUCAAUCCCAAACACGUAAAAUCUCCCGGCGAUGCUUUCAGUGAACAGAAGUGAGUGUAUAGGAAGUGGAUUUGAAUAAAUAUGAUUCCUACCGUCAA